GUGCGCCGGGCGUUACCAUAGAGAGGAAGCUACCUCUCUGGGCUGAGUUUGCAGUCUCUAUGGUUCAGCUGAGCUGGUGGCGGUAAGGGGAACACAGUAAGGCCGCACUGCGCAGGCGCAGUUGGCUUCUCACUUUUUUUUUUUUUUUUUUUUUUUUUUUUUUUUAAUCCCCGCACCAAGCGCUUAACCAUUGGGGUGGAGGAGAAGGCGGCGGCUGUCCGGUCCGCACCCGCAACAGUAGUGAAUAAUAGAGCUAAUGGACUGCUGAAUUAUGAAGUAUUUCAGACUCAGUCGUAGCUCGUCACUCCGCCACUCUCUCCUUCAUCGCCUACUAGUUAUUUAAAUUGGACUUUUAAUAUCCACCAGCUGCUCUCCAGACACACAUGGUGCAUUGCUGCCAUUCCCCGGAUUGCAUCUUUGAAACACACGCUCUCCGUAGCCUUCGGCGAACAAAGAGGCCACCUCCCGGUACGGCUACCGGGAGGGAGUCAUCCCGACCGCCCCCUAGCCUUGGCCGGAUCUGGGUUUGAAUCCUACCAUGGAGCCUCGAAUGGAGUCCUGUCUGGCCCAGGUGCUGCAGAAGGACGUGGGGAAACGGCUGCAGGUUGGCCAGGAACUCAUAGACUAUUUCUCAGACAAGCAGAAGUCUGCCGACCUUGAGCACGACCAGACCAUGUUAGAUAAGCUUGUGGAUGGACUCGCUACCUCUUGGGUGAACUCUAGCAAUUACAAGGUGGUUCUCCUGGGCAUGGACAUCCUGUCUGCGCUGGUGACAAGGCUGCAGGACCGGUUCAAGGCGCAAAUCGGCACCGUGUUGCCAAGUCUAAUAGACAGAUUGGGAGAUGCUAAGGACUCCGUGAGGGAGCAAGACCAGACCCUGCUGCUAAAGAUCAUGGAUCAAGCUGCUAACCCCCAGUACGUGUGGGACAGAAUGCUCGGAGGCUUCAAACACAAGAACUUUCGCACGAGAGAGGGCAUCUGCCUCUGCCUUAUUGCAACACUCAAUGCCUCUGGGGCCCAGACGCUAACACUAAGCAAGAUUGUGCCACAUAUAUGUAACUUACUGGGAGAUCCCAACAGCCAGGUUAGAGAUGCAGCAAUAAACAGUCUGGUGGAGAUUUACAGACAUGUAGGCGAACGUGUGAGGGCAGACCUCAGUAAGAAAGGGCUGCCACAGUCCCGGUUGAAUGUCAUUUUUACAAAAUUUGAUGAAGUCCAAAAGUCUGGAAAUAUGAUACAGUCUGCAAAUGAUAAAAAUUUUGAUGACGAGGAUUCUGUGGAUGGAAAUAGGCCUUCUUCUGCCAGCUCCUCAUCAUCCAAGGCUCCAUCUAGUUCCCGGAGGAAUGUUAGCAUGGGGACCAGCCGCCGGCUCGUGUCGUCCAGUCUUGGAUCUAAGUCUUCAGCUGCAAAAGAAGGUGCUGGUGCUGUGGAUGAAGAGGAUUUUAUUAAAGCCUUUGACGAUGUUCCUGUAGUGCAGAUUUACUCUAGCCGAGACCUCGAGGAAUCCAUAAACAAAAUUAGAGAAAUCCUGUCAGACGACAAGCAUGACUGGGAGCAGAGAGUGAAUGCCCUAAAAAAGAUGAGGUCGUUGCUUUUGGCUGGGGCUGCUGAGUACGAUAACUUCUUUCAACACUUGCGUCUUCUGGAUGGAGCCUUUAAACUCUCUGCCAAAGACCUGCGGUCUCAGGUAGUGCGGGAAGCUUGCAUCACAUUGGGGCAUCUGUCAUCAGUUCUGGGAAAUAAGUUUGAUCAUGGAGCUGAAGCCAUUAUGCCAACUAUCUUUAAUUUAAUCCCAAACAGUGCCAAAAUUAUGGCUACUUCUGGUGUUGUAGCUGUGAGGCUAAUCAUUCGGCACACGCACAUCCCUCGGCUAAUCCCUGUCAUAACAAGCAACUGUACCUCUAAGUCUGUCGCGGUUAGAAGGCGCUGUUUUGAAUUUUUAGAUUUACUUUUACAAGAAUGGCAGACACAUUCACUAGAAAGACACAUAUCAGUAUUAGCGGAAACAAUAAAGAAAGGAAUACAUGAUGCUGAUUCUGAAGCCAGAAUAGAAGCCAGAAAGUGCUACUGGGGUUUCCACAGUCACUUCAGCCGAGAAGCAGAGCACUUGUACCACACUCUAGAGUCCUCCUACCAGAAAGCCUUGCAAUCCCACUUGAAGAACUCGGACAGCAUCGUGUCUCUGCCCCAGUCAGACCGAUCUUCCUCCAGCUCUCAAGAGAGUCUCAACCGGCCCCUUUCUGCCAAGAGAAGUCCCACCGGCAGCACCACGUCCAGAGGCUCCACAGUUAGUACCAAAUCUGUGUCAACGACAGGAUCCCUCCAGCGGUCUCGAAGUGACAUCGACGUGAACGCCGCCGCCAGUGCCAAAUCCAAAGUCUCCUCAUCCUCAGGCUCCACCGCCUUCAGCUCUGCGGCAGCGCUGCCCCCAGGGUCCUAUGCAUCUUUAGACGGUACUGCCACUAAAGCGGAGGGUCGGAUCCGCACAAGACGGCAAAGCUCGGGGAGUACCACCAAUGUUGCCUCCACACCCUCGGACAGUCGGGGCCGCAGUCGCGCCAAAGUGGUUUCCCAGUCUCAGCGAUCCAGAUCUGCUAACCCCGCUGGUGCUGGCAGCCGGUCGAGUUCCCCCGGGAAGCUGCUGGGCAGUGGCUAUGGCGGACUUGCUGGGGGUUCCUCAAGAGGACCACCUGUAACACUGUCUUCAGAAAAACGGAGCAAAAUCCCCAGGAGUCAGGGAUGCAGCCGAGAAACAAGUCCUAACCGGAUAGGAUUAGCACGGAGCAGCCGUAUCCCCCGACCCAGCAUGAGUCAGGGGUGCAGCCGCGAUACCAGCCGUGAGAGCAGCCGCGAUACAAGCCCUGCUCGGGGCUUCGCUCCACUCGAUCGGUUUGGGCUGGGCCAGUCGGGAAGGAUCCCUGGUUCCGUGAAUGCCAUGCGAGUGUUGAGCACCAGCACAGACCUGGAAGCCGCCGUGGCCGACGCGCUGCUGUUAGGAGACGCCAGGAGCAAGAAGAAGCCUGUGAGGAGGAGGUACGAGCCCUAUGGGAUGUACUCUGACGAUGACGCCAACAGUGACGCCUCCAGUGUGUGCUCUGAGCGCUCGUAUGGCUCCCGGAACGGUGGCAUUCCUCACUAUCUGCGGCAGACUGAGGACGUGGCGGAAGUUCUCAACCACUGCGCCAGUUCCAACUGGUCGGAGAGGAAGGAGGGGCUCCUGGGCCUGCAGAACUUACUGAAGAGCCAAAGAACACUGAGUCGAGUAGAAUUGAAGAGAUUGUGUGAGAUUUUCACCCGAAUGUUUGCUGACCCUCACAGCAAGAGAGUUUUCAGUAUGUUUUUGGAGACCCUCGUGGAUUUUAUAAUCAUUCAUAAGGAUGACUUGCAAGACUGGCUUUUCGUCCUCCUCACACAGUUACUUAAGAAAAUGGGAGCGGACUUACUUGGAUCUGUGCAAGCGAAAGUUCAGAAAGCACUGGAUGUCACCAGGGACUCUUUCCCAUUUGAUCAACAAUUUAACAUUUUGAUGAGAUUUAUUGUGGAUCAGACGCAAACUCCAAACCUCAAGGUCAAAGUCGCAAUCCUGAAAUACAUCGAGUCUCUGGCCAGGCAGAUGGACCCCACAGAUUUUGUAAACUCCAGCGAAACAAGGCUUGCUGUUUCUAGAAUCAUAACGUGGACUACAGAACCAAAGAGUUCAGACGUGAGAAAGGCAGCACAGAUUGUGCUUAUCUCUCUGUUUGAAUUGAACACGCCUGAAUUUACCAUGUUACUUGGUGCCUUGCCAAAAACAUUCCAGGAUGGUGCCACCAAACUCCUGCAUAACCACCUCAAGAACUCCAGUAACACCAGUGUGGGAUCUCCAAGCAAUACAAUUGGCCGGACGCCUUCCCGACACCCCAGCAGCAGGACCAGCCCCCUGACCUCACCCACCAACUGUUCCCAUGGGGGACUAUCUCCAAGUCGGUUGUGGGGUUGGAGUGCCGAUGGGCUAUCGAAGCCCCCACCUCCCUUUUCUCAGCCUAACUCCAUUCCCACCGCUCCCUCCCACAAGAAUCUCAGGCGCUCUUACUCUCCCAGCAUGCUGGACUAUGAUACAGAGAACCUGAACUCUGAAGAAAUCUACAGCUCUUUGCGUGGAGUUACAGAAGCCAUUGAAAAGUUCAGCUUCCGAAGCCAAGAGGACCUGAACGAGCCAAUUAAGCGAGAUGGCAAGAAGGAUUGCGAUCUCGUGUCCCGAGACGGAGGAGCAGCCUCACCUGCCACCGAAGGCCGGGGAGGUGGUGAGGUAGAAGGAGGCAGGAUGGCUUUGGACAACAAGACCUCCCUGCUCAACACGCAGCCUCCACGUGCCUUCCCGGGGCAGCGGGCACGGGAGUAUAACCCGUAUCCCUACUCAGACUCCAUCAACACCUAUGACAAGACGGCUCUGAAGGAGGCGGUGUUUGACGAUGACAUGGAGCAGCUCCGAGAUGUGCCCAUUGACCACUCGGACCUGGUGGCUGACUUGCUGAAAGAACUAUCUAACCACAACGAGCGUGUGGAGGAGCGCAAGGGAGCCCUGCUGGAGCUGCUCAAGAUCACCAGGGAGGACAGCCUGGGCGUGUGGGAGGAGCACUUCAAGACCAUCCUGCUGCUGCUGCUCGAAACUCUAGGGGACAAGGAUCAUUCCAUUCGAGCUCUGGCACUGAGAGUUUUACGGGAGAUUCUGAGAAACCAGCCAGCAAGAUUCAAAAACUACGCAGAACUGACGAUCAUGAAGACGCUGGAAGCCCACAAAGACUCCCACAAAGAGGUGGUAAGAGCUGCUGAGGAAGCUGCAUCCACGCUAGCCAGCUCCAUCCACCCGGAGCAGUGCAUCAAAGUGCUGUGCCCGAUCAUCCAGACGGCCGACUACCCCAUCAACCUGGCCGCCAUCAAGAUGCAGACGAAAGUGGUGGAGAGGAUCACCAAGGAGUCCUUGCUGCAGCUCCUUGUCGACAUCAUCCCAGGCCUGCUGCAGGGUUACGACAACACCGAGAGCAGUGUACGGAAGGCCAGCGUGUUUUGCUUAGUGGCAAUCUAUUCCGUAAUCGGAGAAGAUCUGAAACCUCACCUUGCACAGCUCACGGGGAGCAAGAUGAAGUUGCUGAACUUAUACAUAAAGAGGGCCCAGACCACCAACAGCAACAGCAGCUCCUCCUCUGAUGUGUCCACACACAGCUAGUGGCUGUGCCAGUCUGUGCAGAACACACACUGGUGGUGCCUCUGAGAAGCCCCAUCAGCUGCCCGUCCAUCCGAGGAGGCCGCACAUAAUUUAUUACAAUCAGUAUUUUGGUCCCUUCCAGCUUUUGUGUAGAAUUUUGCUGGUAUUGAAUGUAACGGAAGCAAGGCCUGUUAUACAGUCUCCCUAGAAACAAAAGGACUGAGAAAUGAAGAGCCAUACUUACACGUGUCUUGCACCGCCUGCCGACAUCACCAAACCAUGGAGGGCACAGUUCUUAGAAACCAGAGCUCUCCAGCCAGUGCUUGGUACACAGUAGCAUUUUUUUUCAGUCCAUACGGACUUGGGGGUGGUUUGGGGUGUUGCUGUGUGUUCUUUAUGCUUCUGUUCUUAGAGUGUGGUCAGACGGGACAAGACCCCCACCUGUUUUCCACCUGACGCUGAGAAAGGCUGUGUGUGUCUUUAGGUUUUGUCUUAAGAGACCUUGUCAAAGUGGGACUGCAGGCUGGGCCGGGCAAGGACAACCACCUGGAUGUGGCCUCGUGACAAACAAGUGGGGUUGGCUUCUCGGGGAGACAGGAGCACCUGGGAAUGGAGUCAGCAAUGCCACCACCGUUUUCAUGGUUGCAUUAAAUAAAAGGUGACUGCCAAACACCAAGAUUGGAAACAGGCUCGCAUUGUGUUACCUCCCAGGGAGUCACUGGCCUCACCUCUUGACGGUCUUUUGACACAGCAACUAAGGUAGAGUCUGGCUAAACAGAUGUUGAGUAAAAUUUUUAAGCCAAAUGACAAUUCUUAAUGCAAUCAUGCAAACUUUCCUAGGCUGGCCUUGAAUUUGAUAUCCUCCUGCCUCUAGCCUCCCAAAUACUGGGGUUUAUAGAUAGGGGCCACAUGCCCAGCAAAAGACUCUUCGGGGGCAUUCAUUUUAGCAAAGCAUGCACUCUUCCAGUACAGAGCCCACUUCAACUACCAGAGAUGGAAGGAAAGGUUGGGCAUUGACUUCUUAGCCCCGAUUCCAGCACUGCUUCCCUGACCCUCAGAUGAUUGGGUUGGCCAUUGGUGGUGCACACCUUUAAUCCCAGUACUUGGAAGGCAAAGGCAGGUGGAUCUCUGAAUCCUAGACCAGCCUGGUCAGUUCCAGGACAGCCAGGGCUACGUAGAGACUCUGUCUCAAACAAUCAAAAAGACCUAUGCUGUAUUUGGAAAUACACUGAAAAUGAAGGCCCCUAAUGAUGUGUGCGUGGGUGUGUGGGUGUGUGUGUGUGUGUGUGUGUGUGUGUGUGUGUGUGGGUGGGUGGGUGGGUGUGUGUGUGUGAUGAGUGGCUCACACAUGUAACUGCCCCACGGCUGCUGUUUGGAGAACUCAGGGGUGCAUUUUAAGGGAUUUGCUGUUAUUGACUGGCCUAGAAUCAAAAUAUAGCAGGACCAGACCUUACUUUUGGUUAAAAAACAAAAAAUCCUAUCUGUUAAGAGUUCAUUAAUGAGAUUCCUUCUCGCCCUCCACUAGGGUCCCUCCAUGUUGUAGCCACUGCCCUGUAGAAUUGUACGAGCUGACCAGGUUACUUAGGAGUUCUCUUAUGCCUGAUGCAGUUAGAAAGACCCCUCUAUGGAGUUCUCUGACCCACAGAUGGUCACCAUGGCCCCCACCAUAACCGGACAGUUCCAGAAUAUUGCCUGUUUUCCUCACAAAGGGCUAGCCUCGAAUGUCACGUGCCCUCUUCAACCUGAGUAGAGAGAAUACAAUCAUUUCCCAGGUCUCUUGGGCUCCAUCUGAAGACUGCUGCCCACAAUGCUGAGGAGACUCGCAUGCCACCGCCACCACCUCACGGAGGGCGACUGCGCCGCUCUCGGAACCCUCACAGCUACAGCUGCCUUGCCUCGCCUCGACUCCCAAAGGACUCUGUUCCAGCACCUAGACCCUGAAGGACUCUUCACAGCACCCACAACUGUUUGCCUACUCAUCUAUCUGACUAUCCAGGGCCUUGAAACCCCCUACCCUGUGUCCAGGGGGACUGCUCACUGACUUCCCGCUUCCUGGCAAGCUGCCCCUCCCUCUACUGGACACUUGUGUGCGAUGUGGCCCUGGUGCCCAUGGUGGCCUGGGCUCGCCUUCUCUAUGGCUCACUACUAGCUUUUCCACACCUGUGCAGGUGACGCCACAGGUUUGUCUCAGACAUCUUCUGUUUCUUUCUCUGCCACCCUUACGGAAACUCACACUUUAAAAGACAGCAAAUUAGAACGUCGUAGACCCCCCCCAACCUGGACUCUGCUAACAAUGUUCGGAAGAAAUAAAUGCUCUGAAAACAAUCAGCCACCAAAAUAGUUCACACGCAUGGUCCCUGCGCCCCCAGAUUGGGUGUUGUUUGUUUUGGGUUUUUUUGGGGCUUUUUCAUGUUACAUCCAUAUCUGUAUUUAUAUCUUAUUUGUUUCACCUUCCAAGUGUAUCAUGGCAAAUGUACAGAUUUUUUUUUGUUGUUGUUAAUAAUGUGCUAGGAUUUGCUAAAAAAGAAAAUUAAAAAAAAAAAA